GUCGCCGUCGCCGCACUCGGGGCGUUUUCGUUUGGGUAUCACUGCGGCGUCGUGAAUCCGGCGCUGGAGGCGCUGGCGAGCGAUAUCGGCAUCGCGCGAGACGUCGCGGCGAAAGGAGCGGUGGUGUCGAGCAUGCUCAUGGGCGCGGCGUUCGGGUCGUUCGCCGCGGGGGCGUCGGCGGAUAAAUUUGGACGGAAAAAGUCGCUGGCGCUGGCGGGCGUCGCGCUGGCGCUGGGAAGCGCGGCGUGCGCGGCGGCGACGACGCUGCGGACGAUGCUCGCCGGACGCGCGAUCGUGGGCGUGGGCGUCGGAUUGGUGUCGAUUUUGGUGCCCAUGUACGUGAGCGAACUGAGUCCGCCCGAGCACCGUGGGGUGCUGGGAUCGGGGCCGCAACUGUCCAUCGGAUUUGGGAUUUUGGUCGCCAUGUUUCUCGGUUUGCCUUUGCAAGGCGUCGACGUCGAUCCCGCGUGGUGGCGCACGAUGUUCUGGCUCGCCACCGUUCCCGCGGUCGCGCUCGCGACGCUCGCGAACGGAAUCCCGGAAAGUCCGUCGUGGUUGCGCUCCAAAGGGCACUUUCAAGAGGCGGACGCGGUGGAGUCUAAGCAAUUCGGAGCCGUGGCGCCGAAGCGCGCCGACGACAUGGGAUCGACCAAGGUGGCGACGUGGCAAGAGACUCUGCAAGGGCGCUCGAAUCGUCGAGCCGUGAUUACGGGGCCGAUGCUGUUCUUCAUUCAACAAUUUGCCGGCAUCAACGCCAUCAUCUACUUCAGCACGGCCAUCUUCCAAAGCGCCGGGAUCGAAUCUGGCGUACUCGCCUCCGUCGCGGUGUGCGUGGUGAACAUCGUAGGCAGCGUCAUCGCUACCGGUUUACUCGAUAAAACGGGUCGUAAACCGCUUCUCAUGUACUCUUUCCUCGGUAUGGCGGUAAGUUGCGUCGGUUUGGCCAUCGCGGGCGCGUUUCCAGCGAUGGUCAUGGCGCCCGCGCUGUCGCUGUUUUCCGUCCUCUCGUACGUCUUCAUCUUCGGCAUGGGCGCCGGUCCAGUUCCGGGUCUGCUAUCUUCGGAGAUUUUCGCUCCGGCCGUGCGCGGGAAGGGGAUGUCUUUGUGCUUUCUCGCGCACUGGAUCUUCAACUUCUGCAUUGGACAGGGAUUUUUACCGGCGGUGGAGUACUUCGGCGCUAGCGUCGUGUACAUGUUUUUCGCGGCGUUUUCGAUGUUUGGGUUCUUUUUCACUCAAGCAUACGUCGUGGAGACAAAAGGCAAGUCAUUGGAGCAGAUCGCGGUCGAGCUU